AUACGGUCAGAACAGCAGCGGCGGCGGCGGAGGUUCGGCGCGUGCGACUCUGCUUGCGCGCGCGCCCGCUUGGACGCCUUCGGCGCUGUGCGCGCGCGACGUUGCGGAGCGUGUAUUCUCCUCUUCCCAUUCUCAUUGUGACGACGGUUGCUAUAGUGACGAGAGGUGGGAUCCCCCCACCCCAACCGUCGCCGGAUUUCUGUGCCUCGCGCCCCCUCGCCCCUCCCUCUGGCGCUACGAACGACACUUUUUUUUGUGAGGGAGAGAAGGAAGGGGAGGAGAGAUGAGAUGGCGGCCGAGGGGGAGGCGGAGGCAGAAGUGGAGUGGGUGGUAGACAGCAUCGCCGGCUUCCUCCGCAGCCCCGCCUGGUCCAUCCCCAUCGUGGAGUUCGUCGAACAAAAGUGUGAGGUUUUUGAUGAUGAAGAAGAAAGCAAGCUGUCUUACACUGAGAUUCAUCAGGAGUAUAAAGCUUUGGUUGAAAAGUUGUUAGACACUUACCUUAAGGAAGUUGGAAUUAAUGAAGAGAAAUUUCAAGAAGCUUGUAUGUCUCCUCUUGCCAAAACUCGGACCUCACAGGCCAUUUUACAGCCAGUAUUGGCAGCAGAAGACUUCAAAUUGUUUAAAGAAAUGAUGGUUCAGAAAAAUAUUGAAAUGCAGUUGCAGGCAAUAAGAAUAAUUCAGGAAAGAAAUGGUGUGCUCCCUGACUGUUUGACAGAUGGGUCUGAUGCAUACACUGAAAUUGAAGAAGAAGAAAUGAAAAUUCUGAGGGAGGUUCUUAGGAAAUCAAAGGAAGAAUAUGAUCUAGAGCAAGAAAGGAAAAGAUCUAAAGAAUCACAUAAUAAAGUGAGAUCAUCUGAUGGUGCACAUAAAUCUCCAGGAUAUCUUAGUGGAAGUGCAAGAGCUAAAGAGACUGUUCAGCAUGCUCCCAGACUGCUAUCUGGUCCUGAGGCAAAAAACAAAGAAAUUUCUACCCGAGAACUUCCCUCUUCCAAACUGAAGGAAGAGAGUCAGAAAAAAGCAACUGGGAUUUGUUCUGAAUGUGUCACAAAGCAAGCAGGGACUGAAGGACGAAAUUUCUCAGAACUUGGAGCACAUGAACUGAAGGAACGAGAAGAAUACCUAAAGCAGAAGCGAGAUGCACUGAUGGCUUUGAAGAAAGAUUCAAAAACUAACUUGGUACCACAAAAUACAGAUCAGAAAGAAGAGUUAAUACCUUCAAAAGAGGGCCUGUCUGAAGAAGAACAGCAGAGGGCAUUAAAGAAGAAAAGAGUCCUUGCAGCAAAGCUAAAAGAAGAAGUUAUUAACAAGCGAUAACCUAGAGAAGUUGCUUCUCAGAAGACUUGAGAAUAAGAAUUACCUUUAGAACAUAUUUAACCAUGAACUGAAUUGUUUGUUUUCAAACACUGUAUACAUUAAUUUGAUUUUAUAUAUUUCAAAAGAAGUAAUUUUCUUCAUUAAGUUUUUAAUUAGAUUAAACAUUAUUAAGCGUCCUGUUCAGAUUCCUAAGAUUUCAAAUAUAUAUUGCUGGAAGUUGACAUUAUGCUAUAUGUUCAGUUGAAUGUGAGUUUUUUUAAAGUAAGAACUUGACAUAACUUGUAACAGCUUAGCAUUAAAAUGGUUAAACUCAAA